AUGGAUAAAUGGGGGUUAUCUGGGUAUCAGUACACUUGCCGAACACCUAUCCAACAAACAAACGUCGAAGAUAUGGCUGGGUCAAUACUGAGUGAAGGUCCUUCUUCACAGUUACUGGGGCUCGUGACCCAGAAUCACGGUUCACUGCCUAUAGUGAUUCUGGCUUCACUCGUUGGGUAUGUCCUCUUGAAGUCGAUAUAUCGUGUAUAUUUCCAUCCAUUGGCCAAAUACCCCGGUCCUUUCUGGGCCAAAGUCACCUCACUCUACGACUUCUAUCAAGCAUGGUCAGAGCAUCGCGCGCAUAACUUGCUGGCCCUUCAUAGGGAAUAUGGUCCUAUUGUCCGAUAUGCUCCCGAUAAACUCGUUUUCAAUGAGCCUCAAGCAUGGCAAGAUAUUUAUGCAUAUAAAGCCAAUGUUCGAAAGUCUGAUCUGUCCAUUGCAUCGCAGUCGAACCCUGAAUCCACAGAUACCUUUAGUGAGUUGUACAAGGAACCAGCUUUGAAGAAAAGGAAAGUCUUGUCCUAUGGAUUCUCUGAGAGCUCGCUGCGAUCAUUCGAGGCCUACAUGCUGGACCAGAUCAACUUGUUUUGCCAUCAACUCCUGAACCCUUCAAAUGAAAAGGUCAAAGAUAUGUCUCUGUGGUUCAAUUACCUAUCGUACGAUAUCAUGGGAGAAAUGGUCUUUGGUCGAGGUUUCGGGAUGCUCACAGAUCCUUCAUUGCGAUAUAUCUUGGAGCUCAUCGAUGCAACCGUUUUUUCUUAUCUGUUGGGUGGCAUCAUACCUUGGCUACAUAGGUCAGGGGUCAUAACCUUGCUAAUGCCUCGAAUCUUCUUUGGGAGGAAAAGGUUCGUUGCUGAAGCAGGCAAGAGAAUUACAGAAAGAAUAAAGCUUGGCCCAGACGCUGAAGGGAUAAAUGGCCGAAAGGACUUUUUCCACUGGCUACUCAAUGGGAAAGACGAGAAUGGUCAGCCACUUCAACAUGCACGCCUAGGUGCUGAAGGUGUUCUCUUAAUUCUUGCGGGAAGCGACACAAGUUCUGCAUCAUUGGCUGGAACCCUUUUCUAUCUCAUGCAACAACCAAGAUGUCAGAAGAAACUACUGGAGGAGCUCGAGCGCACUUUCGAUAACAUUGAUGAAAUUCGAUUGGGUGACAAACUGACGAGUUGUGUAUACCUGCGUGCGUGUGUCGAUGAGGCACUCAGAAUGGCCUCAGCAGGACCCGGAAUCUCAGAAAGGACCGUUCUCAAGGGUGGGACAACGAUCAAUGGGGAAUAUUUCCCAGAAGGAACCACGGUGGGCUCGGGUGGCUGGGCCUCAAGCUACAACGAAAAGUACAUACGAGAUUGUGAAAAGUAUUGGCCUGAGCGUCAUAUACCGGGUGAAGAGUUCAGUGCAGAAGAGGUUCAAAUUGCCCGUAGUGCCUAUUGGCCAUUUGGACUUGGUGCGAGGAAAUGUGUCGGGAUGAAAGUCGCCCUAAACGAGCUACACCUCACCAUCGCGAGACUAAUUUACCUUCUCGAACCGAUUCCGGAGAAGCCUGAAGAGUUUCAAAAGAAUUUCGAGAUCUUGGAUCAUCAAAACCCGAAGAAAGUCGGCCCUUGGGCAUCUUUCAAGCUCCGUCUUGGAAAGAAACUCCCAGACCUGAAACCAACACAAAUGCAAGGGCAAGAUUGA